CAGCCUUAAAAUUCAGGGAAAUGAAGGACGCAUUUGAGGGCCGCAUUUCGAGCAGACCCUGAAUUGGGAUACAGGCUACAGGUAAGCUGGGUUCCAAAUAAUACAUAUACGAUAGACAACAGUAUCAAUCGAUCAUAAACGUAAAAGCUAGAGAGCCAAUUCACGAGCUUAAGGGUUGAUAAUGGUGAAUCACCACCAGGUGUUGCAAAAUUCACCUUUGUUAGAGAGAAGUCACCUUUGUUAGAUAGCGAAGUAUUUAAAAAUAAAUUUCAUUUCAUUAUGUAUGAUCUGAGCAUGCGCAGAAUGAUCUACAGCGCUCUUUGAUCUUCUCAAAGGACCAUUGUGACGUCACGGGCGACGUCACGUUCUCUGCUAAACCGAGUCCUUAAAUAGGGGAGCUCCUUUAACAGUUUACAUUGGAGCAUUUUCAGAAACAGCCAGUUGUUUUAGACAAAGCUAAUACGUAUUUAACCUGUGACACCGUGCUUUAAACCUUUAAAAAAAUGUCACAGGAAUCAUUAAAUAACUUACCUUCUGGAAGCGAUAGUGGAGAGGAAUCACUAAUGCUGCAGUUUGAGGCUAGUGAGAUGAGUCUGUCUCACCUUCACAGAGACGUAGUGCUUAAAUUUGAGCACAAGCGUAGAAUAACUGCAGAACUAAGGGUAGCGCUUGAAAAUAUUAAGAAAGAAAACGCAGAUCUCAGGAAAGAGCUCAAAAAUAUUAAGAAAGAAAACGCAGAUCUCAGGAAAGAGCUUGAAAAUAGUAGCAAAGACAACUCAGAAGUCAUGGAAGAGCUCGAAAAUAUUAAGAAAGAAAACACAGAUCUCAGGGAAGAGCUCAAAAAUAUUAAGAAAGAAAACGCAGAUCUCAGGAAAGAGCUCGAAAAUAGUAGCAAAGACAACUCAGAACUCAUGGAAAAGGUCGAAAAUAUUAAGAAAGAAAACGCAGAUCUCAGGGAAGAGCUCAAAAAUAGUAGGAAAGAAAACACAGUUCUCAGGGAAGAGUUCGAGAAUAGCAGGAAAGACAAUGCAGAGCUCAGGGAAAAGGUCGAAAAUAGCAGGAAAGACAACGCAGAGCUCAAGGAACAGCUCGAAAAUAGCGGGAAAGACAACGCAGAGCUCAAGGAACAGCUCGAAAAUAGCGGGAAAGACAACGCAGAGCUCAGGAAAGAGCUCGAAAAUAGCAGGAAAGACAACGCAGAGCUCAAGGAAGAUCUCGAAAAUAGCAGGAAAGACAACGCAGAGCUCAGGGAAGAGCUCGAAAAUAGCAGGAAAGCGAAUGCAGAACUCAUGAAAACUGUGGAAAAUAAUCAGCGCCUACUUAAAGUAGGUUCAGGUCUUGCCACAGCGGCCAUUGUUGUUCCUGCAGCUUGCUGGGCCAUCUCAAAGCUUUUUGGCUGAAGGGAAUGUCCCGGGGAUCAUUCAAAGAGCGGGGAUCGCUACAAUUGUGGAUUUAAAGUUACCCUUUAAAAACAGUAAUGAUGUUUUCCAGCCACAGUCCAUCUUCAUCCUGGCGUUGUUCCCGCUGGUGCAGGGGACUCGAGCAUCUUUUGGACUCGAGCCACAGCCCACCAACCUGUCAUAAAUACGCUGUGCUCUCCUUUAUGUUUGAUUUUAUUUUGCCCCUCACCCCCCCAACCAGUCAUGGCAGAAGACCGCCCCUCCCUGAGCCUGGUUCUGCCAGAGGUUUCUUCCUGUUAAAAGGGAGUUUUUCCUCUCCACCGUUGCCAGAGUGCUUGCUCAUAGGGGAUCAUUUGAUUGUUGGGGUUGAAUUUUUGGGUUUCAUUUAAUUGGCUUGAACUGAAAAACCUAAAAAUUCAGGUGAGGGUUUUACAUAGUGGAGAGCACUACAUUUGUUAACUGCACUUUUUUUAUUGUAGUUUUUGCAGUGCUUCCUACUACAAAAACUACAGAUAAAAACCUUGCAGUUAGCAGCAAAUCAAAAUAAAGUUUUUAUUUCAAAUAUA